AUGGUACAAAUUAGCCUACGUCGCGCAUACGUCACAUCUGCCCAGCGCUUGCAGGUGCAUAAGAUUGGUUUUUAUCAUUGACGGGAUUUGGACGAGCUAAGACGAUAAUCUGGCAGUGCACCAUUUGUAGGCCUAGGAUUGUUGUUUAAUCAAAAUAUCCUUCGAGAUCUUCGUCUGACAUCUAUAAAUAAAUGAUAAAGUUGACAACUGUCAAUCAUGCUAUGCGGUAGACCUAUCGAUUUGCAUUCAAGACUUCUCAUUCUGUUGGUCUGUUGGGUUUCAACGUCACUUAUCCCGAUGUCAGACGCUUCUGGAGUGAGAAUUGAAACAACUGUUGGAGAGGAAAACCAAUUAAAGAGAGAGACGCAGCGCUUUCUACACCAUGCCUACAUUCCUGGUCGCCAGCAACGCUUUCCAGUUGGACCACCACCCAGCCAGCAAUCGGGACAACAACUCCUUCCAGAUACCACCACCAGCAGCGGCACCAACGAGCCACCUCAUCCCAACAUAGUCAUGGUCCGUGCGUCGAAGCUCAAGAGACCCGUGAAACGCAACCCUCCCAAUGCAGUGCCACAUGACUUGGUGCACCCCCAAGUUGGUACUGGUAGUAGUACAAGAAAGGGCCGUUAUUUGCAGCCUAGAAUCUUCAGAGGAGUCUGGGGCCACCGUCUUGGUACAGAGGAGUCUGCUAGAAGCUCAAACCAUGGGCGCUUCAAUCCGAGGCGUUCAACGCUUGAGCAGAAGCAAACCAGAGCUAAUCAGGCCUCUGUCGCUCUCCCGAGCUCCUCCAGUCACCGUAGCCCAGAGCCCCGUGGGUUCAGAAAGAGUCAAACUCAUCAGAAGAGUUCUGAUGAGACAAACACUUCUGUGCACAAGCUGGGGCAAUCUGGUGGUGUCCUAUCAAAUGGUGGUGAAGAAACCUGGCAAAAAGAAGGCCUGUCGGAAACCCAACGUUUCCCUCCAAGAUUUCUUCUUCCAUUGGCUGGAAAACCGAACGUCGUCCUGGAUUCUGCCGACGAAAAUUACGUUCAUCCAAGCACACAAGACAGAACCAUCCCCUGGUCACAUCGCCUCUCUUCUCAAGCACCUCCUCAUGACUUCAGUCCAGUCCUUUCUUCCAGAAGUGGUGCCCUUUGGAAGUCUGAAUGGCCUCAAAGUAAUGAAAAGGCCUCAAUGAGUGAUGGCCUUAGUUCCUUUGGUAAUAAAUCCGGCAAGCUCACCGCAACCAUGCUAGAUAAUCAGGCCCUGUUCAUCACACAAGUGUCUAAGCCUGCAGUGAAAGGGCCUAAUGAGGGGCCAAAGGCUUUAAAGGUGGGCAAGUGGUAUCUAUUCAACUCCUACAAAACCUCUGGCAAACGGGAGGUGGCUGGUGUUUCCGGUGCCAGGCAACACUCUGGACAAAGUCUUUCUCCUUCAGCAAGGAGUCAAAACAUGUCUCCUUCACUUAAAAUGUCUGUGCGGCAGCCAUCCUCUCACAGGCAGGAUCAGCUAUCAGAACAAGAAGCAGCCAGCAGUGAUGUUCAUCCUUCUUUUGGCAAGGCUAUACCACUUGGCACACAAAGUGGAAGAUCCAUGGCUCAUUUCAACAUAAAAGAUCAACAUAAAGGCUUUAAGGAACCCAGCCGGCUUAAGUCUCAGGAAUCGGUUAUGGAAGUCUAUAAGAGACUUCUUGCUAUCCCCUAUGGCGGUUUGAGCAAAAAGACAAAACUUAAGAGCUCCAGCUAUGAUAAAACCACAAACCCACGAACUGAAAAGGCUCAUGACUACACCCCUGUGUCUCAGAAGUAUGGAUUCAGUCAGAGGGCUGAGGUUGUUUACACCACCAUGACCCCACUAGAAGCUGAGCGGGGCCCCAAAAAACACAGUGUUCAGUCAGGGUCCAUCAUUCUUCUACCUCCCAGAGAUAUCUUUCGGUCCGACAGUGUAAUUUCCCGAAAAUCCAAGCUAUCUGCUAAUGAUGUGCCAUCACAGCAGGAGAAAUACAAGGUUUUACAACCCUCAAGUGUUCCACUGAAACUAAAUAUGGCUAAAAGUGAAUCCAAACCAGGAUUUAGAGGUCUUCAGCCUCUAAUCCCCGACAUGGGCUACAAACCAUAUCUGUCCGGAUACACGAGUAACAGUGGAAAAUAUCCUUUUGGAGGAAUGCCUGGCCUUAAUUUCCGCACUUCCACCUCAGGGCCGCUAGAGGGCGCCGACGCUUCAGAUACAAACACUUCUGAAAAUGACAUAAUAAAACCAGACAAGAAUAAGAUCUUCUCUUUUAAAGCAAUAACAAGGGAGAUGACUCCAAGGCUCAGUGAUGGUUAUCAUCAGGUGGGAUCAGCUGCCUACAGGAUUGGUACCAAAACAAGCCACGCUGAAGCGAUUGUGGAACCGGGUGUGAUCCGGUCUAUACCCGAUGGUCCUCGAAGCCCAAUCCGUUAUGGACGUUUACCCAGCCAAGUGUCGUCUUUCCCUGGGCCCUUUGAAGGUGAAGUGAGCAGUGAUGUCGGAGCACAAUUCACAAAAUUAAAACGUAAAUUGACUCCAGUUGAUGCAACAAAGGGAAAAUCCUACAGUGACCCUAGGAGGCCCCACUCCCCAAUCUCGGCAUUUGACCCGACCAACACGAUCAAGAGAAAACAUCGUCCCACAGGCUCUUCCCCGUACGCCAGAUGGAAAACAGAACGCGCAUCCAUCAUCACCCGGGUUCCCCAGCCCAGGACCGGGCGGGCCCCCCCGGCCGUACCCCUUAAUUACAACUUCCUUAACAGGCCCUCCAGGCCCAUGGUGCAGGGCCGGCGCAGCAAGGUCAAUGGGGUCAGAGUCGAGUCCCCAUCUCCCGGGACCUCGGCCAGCGACAGCGGCCUGCCAACGGAGUGGGCGUCAAAGAUGGCCGGCGCCUUUUUUAACGUUACAUUUUCCGACAUCCUUGGAAGCGCUCACCACACGAGCGAAAUGGGCAGCCCAGCUGAGGACGGGAAGAGUAGCGGUCGUCCCCGGCCCACAGGUAACCCUUCCAGUUGGGGCCGGUCUAGUCCUGGGGAGGGCAGUUCCUCUCCUCGAAUCGAUUCCAGGCCGGCACCCAAGCGGCGUAGGGUAAAGGGAUACAGUGAGCAAGCAGUCCAAGGAGGCGAGGGCUUCUGGUUCGUCCCUGUCAGGGGGGGCGACGGGUUGCCAGUGGAGAGGCCACGUCUCUCAAACCAGGCCCACCAGGUCAGCCAGGAGUCGCCAAACAGCCUGUCCAGACCGAGCCCGAAGGCCGAAUGGAGUUACCUUAAGACUUCAGCUGUUGACGGCUCAGUCAGAAAAAGUGCCUCAUUCAGAUAACCAUACACAAACGUGAUGUUCGGUACUAAAGUACUUGGAGGACUGGUGUGCUUUGGUUAAAUUAUGUUUUGGAAUUGUAAUAAAGAGUUGAUCAAAUGUG